AUGCAGUUCACUGCUGGUGUUGUCCUCGCCCUGUCCGCUCUCGUCGGGCAAGCCGCUACUGUCCCUACCACGCUCGUCCAGCGGCAGGAAGUUGUGCCCACCCAUGGCACUAUCAACGCCCCUGCCGAGUCUGCCGCCAUCGCGCCUGGCGCAACGUUCGACUUCGACUUCGCGUCGGUCAACUACUGCGAGUCCGGCUACGAGCCCAUCACGGUCUACCUCUUCGAGAACGAGCCCGAUGUCUCCGACUUGAACACCGAUGGCUCGUUCCCCGAGAGCGACUACCUCUACGAAUUUGGCCAGUGGCUCAUCCCAACUUCGGUGAGACCACCCCCGCCGCCGUCCAACCUCACCAUGCCUGACUUCUCGCAGGCCUCGACGAACGCUGCGACAUACAGCGACGCCACAUUUUAUCUCACUGUUGUCGAGACGUACCUCGAUUGCCCGGGUGACAUCGCGAAGGAGUUCGGCAUCACGACAACGUCUAUCGUGUACAACGCCACCACUGCGUAA